GCUGAUACCAGAAUAUGUCCCGCUCGAACUAUUGACGUCAAACAACAAUUACUUUUCCAUUGUGGCGUCAGAUAUUUUGUAUUAUUUUUAUGACGUCAAGAUUUUACGGGAACCCAUGUGAUGUCCAGUAAUGGGAAACAAAUAGCGAUAAGGUGUAUUGCAAAGCAUGGGUUGUCUUCAGCUCAACAAAGUGCAUGAAGUAUGUGUUGAUUCAACAAAAAGAAUUCAUCAAAGAAGUAUAUAAAACAAAAUGGACUUUCUGGAAGUAUUAGAGGCUAAAAAUCUGAGUAGAAACACAUCAGAUAACACACAACUGACAGUACAGAGACUAGUACAGUUAAGAAGACAAAGAGAUGCUCUCAAAAUUCAGUUACAGACUGUAGAAACUAUGAUUUCAGAAAACAAUGUGUCAUUGGAAGAAGAUACUCCAGAGAGAGAUACAGAGGAAUUAACUGAUGUAAAAAGUCAUCAUCAGGAGUUGUCUACCUUGAUGGAUUGUUACAGAUUAACAGGAUUUUCAGUGUUUUCUGUUGACAAUACCAACAUUAUAUUCAGUUAUGACACAUCACACAAAGGCGUUUGUCAUGAGACCUUUUACUUAGAAAUUCAGGAUUUGGAAAACGAGAAUUUCAAAGUGAUGAGACAUUCUUUUCCUGGUUUUAUUCCUGUCUUGGAUUUAGAAGAAACAUUACUGAAAGUAGACCCUAGACAGUUUCUGCUUAAACUAAAUGAUUACUUGUUUGCAUUUAUUACUAGAAGAGAAGAGGCAAAAAUUGUACAGGGAAAAUUAAACGUAGAUUACAGUGAACCUGUCGACUUCAUUGAAAUAAAGAUAGGAAAUUCUUCAGAUAUACUUCAACUAGAAUUCCAGUUAACAUACACUGAUCUACUGCACACAAUGCCAACAAAGACUAGAUUAACAGUUAUUGUUAAUGAUGAUUCAGAAGGCCAUGGUGUUAAGCCAAAGGAAAAACUUGUCAAAGAAUGGAAAAACAACUUACAAACAGAACUGCUGACAGAUGCAAUUUUUGAUAUUAUGAAAGAUUACAAAAGUCUCACAUCUUACCAUUUUGACAAAUAGAAUAUCAAAAGCUGUAGCUUUUCUGCUAUCAAAACAAAAAAUAAAACUACUAAGUAAUGGAACCUGUUUUCUUGUCUAUGGAUUUUCCAUAAAAUCAUACAUUGUUCCCAGAGAAGACUCUUUCACAAUAUUGUAACCACCCAUAGAAGCAAUUUUGAGACUGGAAUACAUAUUUGAUGUGUUGCUUUAUGAUAACCAAAUAUAGAUGAUGAGACUAAUUGAUAAUAGUGGAUAUGAUUAUGGCUACAACAUUUCCAUGUCAAUGAUUUGUGUGUUUUUCCACUUGUUUUUCUAGCAAGAGACCAACUGUUUAUCGUUGAAAAUAGGACAGAAAACAAAUAAUGUCAUAGAUUAAAAUUGUCUCCAGAGACUUUUUUUUAAUAAACCACUUUUGAGAAAUG